CUCAUUAGCUACUGACACAAACGGUUUUCUCCUGCUAGUUUGGCAGUUUCGCUGCUGGAGGAAGCAAGUGUACUACUACUACUAGUACUUCUACUGCUACUGCUACUACGACUACGACUACUCAACUACUUUUAUCGACCACCGCCACCUUGUCAGGCAGCAAUGGAGGAUUAUGUGAGAAUAGAGAAGAUUGGAGAAGGAACCUACGGGGUGGUGUUCAAGGCCAGGCACAAGAGCACCAGUCAGAUUGUGGCGAUGAAGAAGAUCCGUCUGGAGAGCGAAGAAGAGGGGGUUCCCAGCACGGCUGUGAGAGAAGUGUCCCUGCUUCAGGAGCUCAAGCAUCCCAACGUUGUACGACUCCUGGAUGUCCUGAUGCAGGAGUCUCGUCUCUACCUCAUCUUUGAGUUCUUGUCCAUGGACCUGAAAAAGUACCUGGAUUCUAUUCCGUCCGGCCAGUACAUGGACCCUAUGUUGGUCAAGAGCUACCUCUACCAGAUCUUAGACGGCAUAUACUUCUGUCAUUGCCGGCGGGUCCUCCACCGAGACCUGAAGCCUCAGAACCUGCUGAUCGACAACAAGGGUGUGAUCAAACUGGCAGACUUCGGACUGGCUCGGGCCUUUGGCGUUCCCGUCAGGGUCUACACCCAUGAGGUUGUAACGCUUUGGUACCGGGCUCCAGAGGUUCUCCUCGGUUCUCCCCGAUAUUCAACUCCGGUUGAUAUUUGGAGCACAGGCACCAUCUUUGCCGAGUUGGCCACCAAGAAGCCGCUGUUCCACGGAGACUCGGAAAUAGACCAGUUGUUUCGGAUCUUCAGGACUCUGGGCACCCCAGACAACGACGUUUGGCCUGAUGUAGAAAGUCUGCCCGACUACAAAAGCACUUUUCCAAAAUGGAAACCCGGCAACCUGGCAUCGAUGGUGACAAACCUGGACGAGAAGGGCCUGGACCUGCUGGCAAAAACGUUGGCCUACAAUCCCCCCCGAAGGAUCUCGGCUCGGGAGGCCAUGACUCACCCUUAUUUUGACGACUUGGACAAAUCCAGCCUUCCUGCAGCCAAGAUCAGCAAAAGCUAAAGUCUUCUACUGACAGCUUUGUGUGUGAUAUCGAUGUCCCGGCUAUGCAUAACCACAAAUGAUAUGUAUGUUGUAAAUACUUGUGUGUGUGUGUUUCAGACUCUGAUAGUCCCUCCUUUCAAUAAAGGAUCUUUGUUACCUUCAACACAAUAUCAUGUUAGC